CUCCAAACAGCCUUGAGGAUGAAGGCCAGCGGGGUCCUGGUCCUGACUGGCUGCCUGGCCAUGGUCACAGAGACCCGAAUCUACACCCGCUGCAAACUGGCAAAAAUAUUCUCGAGGGCUGGCCUGGAUAAUUAUGGAGGCUUUGUCCUUGGCAACUGGAUCUGCAUGGCCUACUAUGAGAGCCGCUACAACACCACGGCCCAGAUGGUCCCGGACAACGGCAGCACCGACUACGGCAUCUUCUGGAUAAACAGUUUCACGUGGUGCAGGGACGAGAAGUCCCAAGACAAGAACCACUGCCACGUGGCCUGCUCAGCGUUGCUCACAGAUGACCUCACAGAUGCAAUUAUCUGUGCCAAGAAAAUCGUUAAGGAGACUCAAGGGAUGAACUAUUGGCAAAGCUGGAAGAAACGUUGUGAGGGCAGAGACCUGUCUGAGUGGGGAAAAGGAUGUGAGGUUUCAUGAGUGGGACUGGACCAAGAGGCCUUGCCCCGACUCCCCGGGAUGUGUAAUGAAUGUCCAAAUGCUCACAUGAUCUCGUCCCCCUUUUCCCAGUAUUCUGACUCAGAGUUGGGGAGGGAAAACUGAACUGUAUUUUAGGAAAAUA